AUUAAUUGCUGAGUUCCUCCGUCAAGCAGCGCUAGAAUCUGAAAUGAAGCUGUUUCCACACGUGCUGAGGUACAGUUAUCGAACAGCUAACUGGUUCUUUCUUGACCGAUUGGGACGUUCUCAUUCCACCCGGCUUAUCCAUUCCAUCGCUGAUCGUUGUACUGACAAGACUUACAACAUGAAGUACUGUGUCGUACAGAAAGGUGCCACCAACACCCUCGACUACAAAAUAUACUUCAAAAACGACAGCGGUUUCAUUUCUCCUUUCCACGACAUUCCAGUCUACUCGAAUGAAGCUGAUUGCAUUGUUAACAUGGUCGUGGAAAUUCCGAGGUGGAGCAAUGCUAAAAUGGAGAUAACUAAAAAUGACCCAUUGAACCCAAUUAAACAAGAUGUAAAAAAUGGGAAACUGAGGUUUGUCGCAAACUGUUUCCCUCACCAUGGAUACAUUUGGAAUUAUGGCGCCAUUCCGCAAACAUGGGAAAAUCCUAAUGUUAAUGACGAGCAUACAGGAUUUAAAGGUGAUAACGAUCCAGUCGACAUUAUGGAAAUUGGCCAAAGGAUUGCUAGAAGAGGUGAAAUCAUGCAAGUGAAAGUCUUAGGAUGUCUUGCACUUAUCGACGAAGGAGAGACAGACUGGAAGAUCUUUGGAAUAAGUACAAAAGAUCCAUUAGCCGAUUCUUUGAAGGAUAUUUCUGAUGUGGAGAAAUACUGCCCUGGAUUGUUGAAGGCCAGUAUCGAGUGGCUCAGGACUUACAAAAUCCCCGAUGGCAAACCCGAAAACCAAUUUGCGUUCGGAGGCGAAUUUAAGGACAAAGCGUUCGCCCAUAAAAUUAUUAACGAGACGCAUAAAGAGUGGAAAUGUUUGAUGGCAAAAGACGAAGACAAAAUUAACUUAACAAAUACAACUCUCGGAGAUACGAAAACAUCACUAGGUAGAAACGAGGCUGAGCAAAUUGUCAAUUCCAACCCAAAUUACUCAGAAGGUCCCCCACUCGACGAUAUAGUUGGCAAAUGGCACUUUCUUCAUUUGAAAUGAUAAUUUUGAUGUCGGCACACAAAUGAUAUUAGGAGUUGGGGGAAAUUAAAUAAAUGUGAUUUUUUUAACUGUUAAAAUAUUUAAAACUAAAAACACAAGUGUUUAGCACAAUGAAUUUUGUGGUUAACGUUGCAUUGUGAUCAAAAUGUCCUCAUGUGUAAUUGUGAAACAAAUUGAGCUCAUUAAACUUAAAUUGGAUUAUA